UAACCUUCCUUGGCAUGUAGAACUUACCGGCUGUUGGAUUUACACAUGCGAGUCACGUCAGCGAGAGUGGUUGACGAAACCUAUCUAGCAUCUAUAUUUUUCGGUUCUACGAUUUUACAAGUUCUUCGAACAAUUGUACAGCAAUUUUAAAAAGUUUUUGUUAGUUACGAUGUUUCGAUUACUUUCUUCAUCACAAGGUAGAAAAUUGGUUGCCACUGGAGCCAGUUCACUAGUGAGGACAAACAAUACAGUGUUAGCAGAAUGCAUUCGUAAUUUCACAGUGAGUUCAAGACUGCUUGGCAAUUUGCCACAGGUCCAGAAACCUGCACCAGAGUUUGCUGGUACUGCUGUGGUUAAAGGCGAUUUUAAACAAAUCAAAUUGAGCGACUACAAGGGAAAAUAUGUUGUCCUGUUUUUCUAUCCAUUAGAUUUUACAUUUGUCUGUCCAACAGAAAUCAUAGCGUUCAGUGAGAACAUCAAAGACUUUGAAGCUCUCAAUACACAGGUGAUUGGAGUGUCAACAGACUCGCACUUCAGUCAUUUGGCAUGGAUCAACACACCAAGGAAGCAAGGUGGCCUUGGAGGAGACUUGGGUUAUCCUUUGCUGAGUGACUUCAACAAGGAGAUAUCGGCCAAAUACAAUGUCUUGCUGCAGGACUCUGGAAUUGCGCUCAGAGGUCUCUUCAUCAUAGACACAGAGGGAAUACUCCGACAGCUUACCGUCAAUGAUCUUCCGGUUGGCAGAAGCGUCGAGGAAACGUUGAGAUUGAUCAGAGCUUUCCAAUUUGUUGAAAAACACGGAGAGGUAUGCCCUGCGAACUGGCAGCCGGAAAGUAAAACCAUCAAACCGAAUCCAAAGGACAGCAGAGAAUACUUCGAAACAGUUAACUAAGCGUCUGUUUUGCUAAACAUAUUUAGAUAAACUCGCUACUCUAAGUUGCGUAUAAUGAUAACUUGUAAUAUGAUGUAACGUAACAUAAUACACAAUGCAAAAUCAUAUACGUUAAUACAAUACAUAAUGUAAAAUCAUAGGACCGAUAUUUUUAUUGAUUAUUAUUACAUAAAAUAAGAAAUAGAAUCUGAAAAGUGUGAUAUCAUCUUGUACUUUUUAUGUAUAUAAUACGCCCGUACUGUUGUGUAAAUACGUGCGACGAGCUUAAGAAAGCGUGCAGGUAACAGAGACAGCUUAAGAAUGAGAUACUGAGUGAAUGACAAAGAAAAAAAGCAAUCUCGUGUUAGUCAAUUUAAUUUUUUUUUUAUGUUGAUAUAAACAAUUAUGGAAAUUUUUACGUUGAAUUUUUUUCUAUAUCGAAUAAUCCAAUUUUUUUUACAACAAAAUAUUUAUACUUAGCACUUGAGAAAACUGUUAUUAUGAUUGUUGGACAAUUUACAUCAAAAUAUAACGGAAUAUGAAGAGCAAUUAACUUGGUUGCUAAAGUUACACACAAACACGAGAAUGUUUGUUAGGAGUACAGUUGCUGUAAGAUAAUUAGAACGUAGAGCGAAAUGUAAAUUGAAAGCUGUUGCGAUACCGUUAGCAGGCAGCAGUGAUAAUCUGUAUUUAGCGUUAACGUAUGUAUUUCUCAGCAUUUUAGACCCGUAUUAAUAAUCAUUAUUGGAAACUCUCUUCACGUAAGAUGCUCAAAUUUGAGUUUAGAGUUAAAUGUGAGUUUUUCAUUCGAAUUAUGCUUACAAAUCUGAUAUCACAUAUAUCAUAUGAUUCAAAUGAAAAACUCAUCUAACUUAAAAUUCAGACCUGAAUAUCUAACGUGAAACAAAUUUCAAGUAAUAACUAUCAAUAUCGACCGCGAUCAUA